AUGCCCUCGCCACAACCCCGACGCAUGUACACACCGAUCGCUCCUCUACCCCUGGAGACGCCCCGUUCGCACGGAACCAAGCGACAGAGGGAAGACGACGAAGAAGAAGAGCCCAAGCGAAGGAAGCGAUCCGACUCACAGAUAUCGUCCCAGUUUGAGCUCAGUGAGGAAGACCGUCUGCUUCUUCGGCUCAAAGAGGAAGAGCACAUGCCUUGGAAGGACAUCGCAGCACGCUUUGUCAAAGACUUCGGCAGGCAGUACCAAAUACCCGCACUUCAGAUGCGUAUCAAGCGACUAAAAGAACGGAUGCGUCAGUGGACUGAAGUAGACGUCCAAGCACUGCGCAAAGCCCAUGACUACUGGGUGCAAAACAAGUUCGAUAUUAUCGCGCAAAAGAUGCUCGAUUACGGCGCAGAAGAAAAAUGGACCGCACGCCAAUGCUCUCGCAAAUGGCAAGAGAUCGAUCCAACGCCAAUACCCUACACGCAGUUCGAUCACCACGUCCAGCACGUCCAGCAAGGCUUUGCACCCUACGCGAUGAGCCCCAUCGAGCCCACGCCCAUGAACUUCCCUCCCUUCCUGCACCAGCACCAUACCACCUAG